CCAUGGGCGCCCCAUCCCCCAGGAGGCCUCGCGGUCUCCCCGCGGGGCUGAGGGGGCGCCCACUGACCCUCAUCAGCCAGGCCCGGGCGGGAGGGGCGUGGCCAGCGCGGGACGGGAGGGGCUGAUGGGAGACAGACCGAAAGACAGAGAGAUUGAGCCAGACCCUAGCAGAGACGGGCGCCGGCCGCAGAACGGAGCCCCAGCCCCGGGCUAUUUUUAGCCCCCGCCGAACCCCCUCCAGGCCGGGAGGGGACCUCGCCUCCACUCCCGCGGCCCGGGACCCCGCGCCGCCCCACCCUCCAUCUGUGUCCCGCCGCGACGUGGCAGUGCCGGGGUCCUCGGCGUGGUCCUCCCGCCGUGACUCAGUUUCCCCAGGGGCCCCGGAAGCCGCCCUGCUUCCGCUUCCGCACGCCCCCCUCCAGCCCGGCACCUGCAGGUCCGCCGGGACACGACUGCGCAGGCUGGCUACCCCUGCACGCCCCAUCGACCGUCGCCUGCUGAGGACAAUUGGCCAUCAGGUGUGCCUGAGCCAGUGCCAGUCCACCCCACCUGCAGCCUUGGCCUGAUGGGGUGGUGACCCUCCCCACUCCGCUCUGGAGCCAUGUGGCCCAAUGGCAGUUCUCUGGGGCCCUGUUUGCGGCCAACAAACAUCACUCUGGAGGAACGGCGCCUGAUAGCCUCCCCCUGGUUCGCGGCCUCCUUCUGCCUGGUGGGCCUGGCCUCCAACCUGCUGGCGUUGAGCGUGCUGGUGAGUGCGCGGCAGGGCAGCUCCCAUGCGCGAUCCUCCUUCCUGACCUUCCUCUGUGGCCUGGUCAUCACUGACUUCAUGGGGCUGCUGGUCACUGGCGUAAUUGUGGUGUCCCAGCACGCCGCCCUCUUUGACUGGCAGGCUGUGGACCCCGGUUGCAGCCUCUGCCACUUCAUGGGCGUCAUCAUGGUCUUUUUUGGCCUGUGCCCGCUGCUGCUGGGGGCCGCCAUGGCCUCGGAGCGCUACCUGGGCAUCACCCGGCCCUUCUCACGGCCCGCAACCGCCUCGCAGCGCCGGGCCUGGACCACGGUGGGGAUGGUGUGGGCCGCCGCGCUGGCGCUGGGCCUGCUGCCCCUGCUGGGUGUGGGUCGCUACACCGUGCAGUACCCGGGCUCCUGGUGUUUCCUCACGCUCGGCGCCGAGCCAGGGGACGUGGCCUUCGGUUUGCUCUUCACCCUCCUUGGCAGCCUCUCCGUGGGGCUAUCCUUCCUGCUCAACACGAUCAGCGUGGCCACCCUGUGCCACGUCUACCACGGGCAGGAGGCCGCCCAGCAGCGCCCACGGGACUGCGAGGUCGAGAUGAUGGCUCAGCUCACGGGCAUCAUGGUGGUGGCCAGCAUCUGCUGGAUGCCGCUGCUGGUCUUUAUCGCCCAGACGGUGCUGCGGAGCCCGCCUGCCAUGAGCCCGACUGGGCAGCUGUCCCGAGCCACCGAACAGCAGCUGCUUAUCUACCUGCGUGUGGCCACCUGGAACCAGAUCCUCGACCCCUGGGUAUACAUCCUGUUUCGCCGGGCGGUGAUCCGGCGCCUCCACCCUCGCCUCAGUACCCGGCCCAGGUCGCUCUCCCUGCAACCCCAGCUCACCUGCAGGUCCACGAUGCAGUAGGGCCAGGGCUGGACGUCGGGGGCAGCUCUGGAAGGACAGAGCACCCUGCCAGCAGGUCCCCCAUCUAACCUUCGUCCUCCC